AUGUCGCUCCGCGAAGACGGCCCCUCCGUAGCGAUAGUUGGGGUUACUGGCGCCGUCGGACAAGAAUUUCUAUCCGUGUUGUCGGACCGUGAUUUCCCUUACCGCUCCCUCAAGCUCCUUGCCAGCAAACGUUCCGCCGGAAAAUCCCUCACAUUUGAAGGCCGCGAUCACACCGUUGAAGAAUUGACCGAGAAUAGCUUCGAAAAUGUUGACAUCGCGUUGUUUAGUGCAGGUGGAAGUAUAAGCAAGAAGUUUGGCCCAAUAGCCGUGGAAAAGGGUUCUGUUGUGGUUGAUAAUAGCUCCGCGUUUCGGAUGGAUGAGAAAAUCCCACUCGUCAUCCCAGAAGUGAAUCCCGAAGCUAUGAAGCAUAUUAAGCUGAAGAGUGGAAAGGGUGCACUAAUAGCAAAUCCCAAUUGCUCGACCAUCAUUUGCCUUAUGGCUGCCACCCCACUUCAUCGCCACGCAAAAGUCAUACGCAUGGUUGUUAGUACAUACCAGGCAGCUAGUGGUGCAGGUGCUGCUGCAAUGGAAGAGCUUGAACAGCAGACCCGUGAGGUCCUUGAAGGAAAAGAACCGACCUGUAAAAUCUUCAAGCUGCAGUAUGCCUUUAACCUGUUCUCACAUAAUGCACCCAUUCUUUCAAAUGGAUACAAUGAAGAGGAAAUGAAAUUACUAAAAGAGACAAGAAAAAUAUGGAAUGACAUGAAUAUCAAAGUGACUGCAACCUGUAUAAGAGUACCUGUGAUGCGUGCACAUGCUGAGAGUGUGAAUCUUCAAUUUGAGAAUCCUCUGGAUGAGGACACAGCAAGAGAGAUUCUAAGCAAUGCACCUGGUUUGGUGGUUAUAGAUGACCGUGCAGCCAAUCACUUCCCCACCCCAUUAGCUGUUUCUAACAAAGAUGAUGUUGCAGUGGGAAGAAUUCGACGAGAUGUCUCUCAGGACGGGAACUAUGGAUUGGACAUAUUUGUUUGUGGUGAUCAGAUACGCAAAGGAGCAGCUCUUAACGCCGUCCAGAUUGCGGAGAAGUUGUUUUAA